AUGUACUCUAAGUCUUCAAGUAACAUAUGGUUUGGGAUAGAUAUAUAUGUAUGUGGUGUGCCGGUUAAAUAUGCCAGGAAAAUUUUUUUAACACUAAAAUUUAACACUCAGCUGUCACAUCAAGUCCUUUGUGGUGCUAAGAAUCGAUCAAAUCAAAGGUAUUCUGUUCCUGGUAGCAGUUUUAAAUCGUUUGGGAUGUCUUAUAAGCAUUUGUCAAAGGCCGGUGGGCGUGUGUUAGAACAGAUGGCGAAGGAUGCAGAUAUUAGACCAGGAUAUUAUGCCAAGCUUACAGAUAAAACGACACCAGCAUUUGCGAAGCCAACAUUACCGAUAGUAAAUGAGGAAAGCAGGUUUAAAGACAUAAAGGAUUGGAAGUUUUUACCAGGAGAUCGCGUUGUUGUAGUGAAAAGGGGGAAGUGGAGGGGUAAAGUUUCAAGGAUUAAUGAACAUGAAGUGAAUACAAAUGGGUAUAUCUUGGAAGAAGGACCAACUACGUAUGUGCCAAUUCCCAAAGAUUUCUGGCAGCCAGGGCAGGCUACACAUAUGGCCAACAUCCCAGUUCCACUUAGACAGGAGGAUAUUAGACUGGUUGCUGAUAUUGAUGAUCCCGAAGUACCGGGGAAAACGAAGACUGUUGCUGUCAGAGACAUUGUAUUUCGUGAUAGCUACUACGAUGAAAAUCAUAAGAAGGUGAUGCCUUACAGGUGUGUGGUAGGCCAAGAAGACCUGAUAAUCCCAUGGCCUAAACCAGAAGAGACAGCUGAUGGAGAAUUAGCGACAGAGGCACAAAUUGCAAGAGAACGGACAUAUGUUGUAGACAGUGUUGUGAAAUCAGCUAUUCCCAAAGCUGCGCUAUUAACUAUUCGUAAUCCGAAAUCUAAGUUUAGAAGAGGUGUUUUAACUGCAAAGGAUAUUAGUAAGUUGGUGGCUCCACAGAUGCCGUUACCUGGGAGGAAGGCAUAUAUUGAACAACAGAAAAAGUUGGCUCAGCAGCCUAAACCUACAUUGACUGAUGAGUAUAAGGAGAAAAUCGGUUUCCACGUUUUUGAACACUUCAAGAAGAAAAUUUAA